UUCGCAAUUGUUCCUGGAAAACAGAACAGAGAAGAGAAAAGGGAAGGAAAACAGAGCAGAGAAGAGAAAAGAAGAAGAAAGUUUGUGAUCUUAAAAAUGGGAAGCGAAGAAGAGAAGGGGGAAUUCUACCUGAGAUAUUACGUGGGGCACAAGGGAAAGUUCGGCCACGAGUUUCUUGAAUUCGAGUUCAGACCCGACGGCAAGCUCCGUUACGCCAACAACUCCAACUACAAAAACGACAUCAUGAUCCGCAAGGAGGUGUACCUUACUCCCGCUGUUUUACGUGAGUGUCGCCGCAUAAUUGCAGAGAGCAAAAUCAUGAAGGAGGACGACAACAUCUGGCCGGAACCCGAUCGGGUGGGGCGCCAGGAGUUGGAGAUUGUCAUGGGGAACAACCACAUUUCCUUCGCAACUUCCAAGAUUGGGUCUCUCGUCGACGUUCAAUCAAGUGCCGAUCCGGAAGGCCUUCGAAUCUUUUACUUUCUUGUCCAGGAUUUGAAGUGUUUUGUCUUCUCUCUCAUUUCUCUCCACUUCAAGAUCAAGCCCAUAUAAGGUGUUCGAAAUAUUUGAGGGUGUAACCCCUGUACCAAAGUGUUGAUUGGAAAUGUUACAUUUGGAAGUAAUGCGUUUUUUUAUCAGGAUUUAUUGAAAUGGAAAAAAUAUUUUUGUA